AGCUGAUAUCUACGCACUUUGCGCAUGGCAUGAAUUUGAAAGCGAUGCGCCUGUAAGAGCAUAACUUCUCGACAGAAACCUAAAUUACUCAUGCAAGUAAAACAUUUUCUUGCAGCAUUUAGUUUUGUUACAUGCAAAAAGGGAGUCACAACAAGCUUUCGGUGACUGUACUCAGGGUGCAUGACAUGACGAAGCAACAAAGAAAAUGAUUUCCUAGUCCCAACGAAAUAAAGUGAUGAAUUACUAGUGAUACCAUAACUGAAGUAAUAAAUCUCCAUCCACGAGAACAAUCAUGUCGUCAGAUUGUUCCCAAAAGUUAUUAUUGCGAAUUCCAACUACUAUCUCAGUUUUGUAGCGCUUAAGGGGCAAUCUUCAAAAACAAGAAAUGACGUCAUAAAAAAGCGCAUGCGCAUGGCGAUCGUGACAAGAGCGGGAGGCUCAAAUAAUCUUUGCACAUUGCAUGCUUGUAGUAAAAUAUGGUAUGGCAAGGGAGCGUCGAACGGGAGUUUGCUUUCCUCUCGUGCUUUGUUGUAACUUGUAAUCUAAUAUAAACCUCGCUGACAUAAUUGCUUGAUCGUUUGACUACUUUAAUAUCCCAUCCCCAGUUUUUACGACUGCACGAAUUCUCAUACUUUGCUAAUAUUUCUUGUCUCUUCUUUCGUGUUCGUGUUUUUUUAAUGUUGGCGCACCUGCUCCACGAUGAAAUGAAAACAUAAACAAACCAGAAGCAGACAGCUUUUUUAUGUUUGUGUGAAAGUUUUCUCUGGCUGGAAACAUGAGGAGUUACAUCCUUAAUCGCUCGAAAAUGCUUUACAGAAAAUUCGAUUUCUGGUCAAGUGUGGAUUUUCAUGUUGAGAGUAUCGAAUAAAGAAACUUGUUUUCGUUUAAUGUCGGUUUGAAAGGUUAUUCGCCCUCAUUCAUCUCGCGAUGUCUUUACUUCGUCCUGCAAUACCCACCAUUCUCUUUCCUUAUGCAUAUUUAUAUAUUGAUUCCUUCUGACCUGUGCCCCUUUUCCCCUCAGUACGGCUCAACUUCUUUUAAAGGUCCACUAUUUAAUAAAAAGUUAUUAUUAGAUGUUGACAUGUGCAAGAGGAAUGUUUUAUUUAUAAUUGUUUACGAUCCUUUUUAGGAUCUCUGACAUCAAAACGAUUCAAUUAAUAGAUGUCUUUAUCUGUUUUCUUUCCGUCUUCUCAUGUCGAAGUGGUCUAAUUCAUCCAAUAUAGUAUGGUCUGAUUUGGUGAUAGUCCUGUUGUCAUGGGAACCACUUCCCACAAGAGUUCGUGUGUUGAUACAAUUUAUUUGUGGUGCUAACUUAGUGCUAAACAUUUAUUAUCAUGGAAGAUACAGAGUCAAUGUUAGUAAUAGAGAAAGACAGUUUUCAAGAAAGAGGGAAGCUUAAUAGCGGCGGUGAUGGAGACGCCUCAUUUAUUUCACUUAAAAGUAAUAGUAUUGGGAGAAAGAAAGGAAGUAUUCUAUCAUCAUCCACUCUGUGCUCUCAUGAUGAAACACAUAAUGCAAUAACGCCCCAGAGAUUAAAAGAAAUUGCUACAGAGUUGGGAGUCAUCAAACUGUGUUGGCCAGAAAAUAACACCCAGCAUGAGCGCAAAUACUACCCCCAAUCAUUUUCUGAGAAUACCAACAAAGAGAAGCUCCUAAUGUGGUAUGCAGAAAAUUUUAGGCAGCAAUUUCAUCAUGAGUUUGCUCGUCGCAGACCUCUAUUGCUUGCAGUUGAGAAUGAAUGUGGAUUGCAGGUUUGUGUAAGAAUGGUAAACAGCUGAGCGAUAAAAGGUUAGAAAACACAGAAAUGGGCAUCUUAAUUUUUAUUCAAAAUAGUCAUUAUUUCCAUAUAUACAAUCUUUGGACUUUUAACAUUUUGUAAAGCUAACAUAACAAUUCACAAAUCUACUGGUUAUCACUCUUCUUUGGACUUUGCUUAGGAAAUCAGGAAUGUGACAGGAAAGCCCAAAUGGGCACAGCAAAAGUGAGAAAUGCUGCAUUGGCAGCACCAGACAAAGAGGGAAGCUAAGAAAUUUUAUGGGUAAUAGCUGAGAUUUAUGAAUAAAUAUAGAAUAGUGCAAACUGUCAUGGGUUGCUUUCAAAUUCAACAUAAACACGAAUAACAUUGUA